UACAAUUGACAGUGAUAACCCAUGCCAUGGAAUGGGUUGGUACAAUCGUCCUUCUCCUUCUUGUAUAUUUUUCUUGCCAUCUGCUCAUAUCAUCUAAGAGGAAACUAUGGCACAAGGGGAGACUUCCUCCGGGACCCACUCCUCUGCCCCUGAUUGGGAAUUUCCUGCAGAUCAAGGCAUCCCAAACCUUAAAAUCUCUUCUCAAGCUGCAUGAAAAAUAUGGCCCUGUUUUCACUGUCUAUUUUGGAUCACAACCGGUUCUGGUCUUAUGUGGACAUCAAGCUGUGAAGGAGACCCUGAUAGACAAGGCAGAAGAGUUCAGUGGAAGGUCUACUGCGCCUGUAAUCGAGCGGACCUUCCAAGGAUAUGGGGUGAUCUGUUCCAAUGGAAACCGCUGGAAGCAACUGCGCCGCUUCUCCCUCACCAUCUUGAGGAGUUUUGGAAUGGGGAAAAAGUCGAUUGAGGAACGAAUCCAAGAGGAAGCCCAAUUCCUGCUGGAGGAACUGAGGAAGACGAAGGAAAAGCCUUUUGAUCCAACGUACCUCUUCGGCAGUGCAAUGUCAAAUAUCAUCUGCUCCAUUGUUUUUGGGGACCGUUUUGACUAUGAGGACAAGGAAUUCAAGGCUCUCCUGAAGAUGAUAUGCAACAUCUUCCGGGAGAUGAGCUCAGCUUGGUCUCAGGUACCCCACAACUACUCCCCCAGCUUCUUGAAAUACUUUCCGGGGCCCGACACCAAGGUCUAUGACUUGAUGCUAGGUGUGAGGGUCUUCAUUGACAAGAGAAUCAAGGAGAACCAAAAGACCCUUGAUCCCAACUUCCCACGUGACUUUAUUGAUUGCUUCCUCAUCCAGAUGGAAAAGGAAAAAGACAAUCCAGGCAGUGAAUUUAAUAUGAAGAACUUGGAGCUCACCAUGGUUAAUCUGUUCAUGGCUGGAACAGAGACAUCCAGUUCGACCUUGAGAUAUGGGUGCCUGCUACUCAUGAAGUAUCCUGAGGUGCAAGCAAAAGUGCAUGAGGAAAUUGAUCGAGUGAUUGGCCAAAAUCGUGUCCCCAACACUGAAGACCGGAGCCAGAUGCCGUAUACAGAUGCCGUCAUCCAUGAAGUGCAAAGAUGCACUGAUCUCUUUCCUAUGAGUGUGGCCCACAUGGUUACUCGUGACACAGAAUUCAGAGGAUACCUGUACCCCCAGGGGAUGAAGGUGUACCCUGUGCUCAGUAGUGUCUUGCAUGACCCCACAAUGUUUAAAAGCCCCAAUGCUUUCAACCCAGAGAACUUCUUGGAUGAGAAUGGACGCUUCAAGAAAAAUGAGGCCUUUGUGCCAUUUUCUGCAGGGAAACGAAUCUGUCUAGGAGAAUCAUUGGCCCUCAUGGAGCUUUUCCUCUUCUUCACCACCAUCCUGCAGAAUUUCCAACUGAAGCCCCUUGUGCCUCCAGAGGACCUUGACAUAACCCCCUGUGAGAGUGGCUUAGCCAACAUCCCACCCUUGUACGAGCUCUCUGUCAUCCCUCGCUGA